AUGCUCUGGCAUAGCAACCUGGUGGCUACUCUUCUCUGGAUUCUAACCAUCUUCGCCCUAAACAACACAAUGGCGUGGUCAUUCUCGAAUCAGAUCCUAUCGAUGACGAAGGGCAACUUGGCCUUGGCGAAUUCCGUUGCAGCCGGAGUUCAGCACGGCAUGGAAGAAUGCCAAUCACAGUUCAAAUGGGAUCCGUGGAACUGUCCGAAAGACGCAUUCUCAGUCUUCCACAAUCCCGCUUCUCAACCUGCCACGCGAGAGAAGGCUUUCGUCCACGCUAUCAUCAGCGCAGGGAUCAUGUAUACUCUGACGAAAAACUGCUCAUUGGGUCACUUCGAUUGUGGAUGCGACCAAUCGAAAAAAGCGUCCAACGCUUUCUUAAUAGAUAAACAAUGGACAUGGGGAGGCUGUUCGGACAACGUCAAAUUCGGAGAGCACACCGCCAAGGAGUUUUUGGACAGCAAUGAACCGCGAACCGACACAGGACUAGUUAAUCUGCACAACAACAGAGUCGGACGUCGGGCGGUCAAGAAAACAAUGCGAAAGAUGUGCAAAUGUCACGGCGUUUCUGGUUCUUGCGCCGUGACGACGUGUUGGAUGCGGCUCUCCGACAUGCAGACGAUUGGCAAAAGACUCCGAAGGGCUUUCGAGAACGCAAAGAGGCUCGACUAUAACGGAGGAUCCCUCAAUUCGGAACGGAAGGAUCUUCCUUUCAGAAAACACGAACUCAUCUACUCGUACGAUUCGAUCAACUACUGCAACGCCAAUCUCACAGCGGGUACCGUUGGCACGCUGGGCCGUGAAUGCUCACUGCGAUCCGGUGUGGGCGUGACCCGAAGCGAAGCCGAGAGUUGUAAGCGGCUAUGCCACGACUGUGGUCUCAAGAUCCGAACGGAGAACACGACGCAGAGUACAUCGUGCAAGUGUCGGUUCAUCUGGUGCUGUAGAGUCGAGUGUCAGACAUGCGUCACCGAGGUGACACGCACCUUCUGCGACUGACGCGAUCGUGAUACGUGAAAGCUCACGGUCAUCCUUGUAUUCACCUUCAUCGCCAUCGAAAUUUUCAUGUUCAUUAACGUAACGUU